AUGGAUCAACUAUUUUUUAAAGUCUUUAGAAAUAGUUAUCUUAGAAAUUUAAUUUUAAGUUUAAUACAAAAUCAAAACUACCUAUACCUUGGAAAUAAAAGACCAUUCACAGAAAUUAAAUCACUAAAAUGGAUGAUAAAACAAAGGGAAUAUGGUUUAUUAGUUGAUAAAUUAGAGUCAAAUCAAGAAAUUAUUAUUGACUAUGAAUCAGUAAUAUUA